GCAACGUGUACGGUUUGAAUGAUGUAAACCCAGUUCCUGUUUCCCUUGCAGAACUGAAUGUUUUUGUAGUCAGCAAGCAACUGGAGUUUUCAUCGCGAUUUAUAACAGCCAAAGAAGUUACUGUGAUAUACACACGCUGCUGUCUGCAUAAAUAGAAAGGGCUACAUCCUCCAAACAGUAACUGUAAUUCAUCUGACUACUCACAGUGGAAGUCUCAGCUAAUUGUAUCUGUGGAGCAUUUUCCUGGAAAGUUUCUAACUUCCCCGGGCAGGAACAAGCAGGUUGUGCAGAAAGGAUGAGCGCUCACAACAUGACGUGGAUCAGCUACCCAAGCAAGAGCCUGGCUUCCACCUCCCUGGAAGAAAUUGAAGCAUUCAUAGCUUCACAAAACAUCAUAUCCAGACUUAUGCACUGUUACAUUGCCUUCUUUGUGCCAACAGGGCUGAUAGCUGGCGUGUGCAUUUUGGUCAUUUUCAUAAAGAAUUAUGUGCAGAACAAAGCCAUGGAACACUUAGACCUGCUUCUCCUACACUUCACCAUCAGCAACAUCACAAUGAUUCUGUUGUCAUUCACAGUCAUCAACAGACCUGACUACACAAGAGUGACCCACCUGGCCUGCAGCGUUCUGUCAUUUCUGUUCAACUUCAGUUAUUUCAGCUCUCAGCACUCUUUGGUGCUGAUGCUUCUCAUGCUGUUACUGAAGAGAUUUCCACCAAGGACUGCUCUGAGCACAGUAACCCAGCGCCCCAUUCUGUGCGUUGGAUGCCUACUGCUAUGUGCCUUCUGCUUGGCUCUGACAGAGGCAGUGCUGGUUGGCACAGAGAACUACCACUUGGAAACAGACUGCCAGCUAGAUCCGUUAUUUGCAUGGCCUGAAUAUGAGAUCGUUAAAUUCACCCUUGGAUUCGGAAUCCCAUCAUUUCUUCAGAUACUCUCUUUUAUCACCCUCCUUGCUAAAGAAGCCCCUGCUGAAGCUCCAGCCUUACAGCAGCACAUCCGUGCUUACCUUGCUGUGUUCAUUAUAAGCAUAACUACAUUUAUAUGCCGUCUAUUUUACAACAUUAUGAUUCUCUUCAGGACAACACUGAAAUUACAGAAGAGCAUUGGAACUCCAAAGGACGAGCUUGUGAUGAACAUUGCUGAAAUAGUACUGUUCUCUGAGAGCUGUGCUAGCCUGGUACUCAUCCUCUGUUUGCACAAACCAUGCAAGGACAGAAUACUUCAAGUCAUACGGAGCUGCCGAAGGGCACCCAGCACCCCCAGCCACCUCGACAUCCCAGUAGCGCCCACAAGCCCUGAAAUGAUGUCUCAGUAACACCUGCUCUUCUCAGAGCUCUCAAUCUACUCCUAUGGCUUUUCUUCUUUCUAAAGGACAGUUGUUCUUCCUUUUGAUCCCAAACUUGGACUAUCACACAGCUAGCAGGACUGAGAGAAACAUGUAUUUAUCUGCUAUCUGCAGUGACCUAGCAUGUAGAAACAUGCAGGACUUGGGGGUCUGUUCUUAUGUGCGUGUAAAUAUUUUUUCAUCUCCUUCCUUUGCACUUUACUUCAAAAGCGAGCAGAAAGUAUUGCAGCCAUAGAAGCAUGCUUCUGUAAUAGAACCAAUGCCUUAGUGAGGAUGAGCAUCAAAACAUAUCCCAGAGCAACUAGGAACUAAGGUAAAAAUCUGCAGCCAAAGCAUUUUCUCAGGUUUGCUUCCUCUUUGGACUGGGAUUUCUUGCCCUGCAAGCCACCCAUAUUUUUGUAACACUGCUUAAUUCCAGUAACAACAGCAGUGAAGCAGGGGUUAAGAGUCCAUUACAAUCCCAAAACAGCGAUACUGCAAGUCUAUUUCACAGCUUGCUUGUACCAUGUAUGCACACAGAAUGGGGUUUUCCUUCCUUUCUUUUCCUGUUUUUCUCUUCUACACUUGCUGGAACCUCAAA